CGCCCAGAGCCGGAAGCUGCCCUGGGGCAAGACGCGAGACGGGGGCUGCCGCUCAGACCACCCUGGCGGACCGCAGAUCUCCUCAUAUUUUGGAUUCUGGCAAUGUUAUAAUGAAUGACACUUUGACAUCAGAUGUCAUUGGUCGGAGAGUCGAAGUUAAUGGAGAACAUGCAACAGUGCGUUUUUCUGGCGUUGUCCCUCCUAUGGCAGGACUCUGGUUAGGAGUAGAAUGGGACAAUCCCGAGAGGGGAAAGCAUGAUGGAAGCCACGAAGGGACUGUGUAUUUUAAAUGCAGGCACCCAACAGGAGGAUCCUUCAUUCGUCCAAACAAAGUAAAUUUUGGAGUAGACUUUCUCACUGCGAUUAAGAACCGCUAUGCGUUAGAGGAUGAACCAGAGGAAGAGGGAAAAGAGCAGAUUGUUACAAUUGGAAAUAAACCUGUGGAAACCAUUGGUUUUGACUCUGUUGUAAAACAGCAAAGUCAGCUGAGCAAGUUGCAGGAAGUUUCUUUGAGGAACUGCGCAGUAAAUGGUCCUGGUGACAAAGGAGGAAUUGCCAAAGCUUGUCCUAAUCUUAGAAGCAUAGAUUUGUCAAAAAACCUGUUGUCAUCAUGGGAUGAAGUCGUAGAUAUUGCUGACCAGCUCAAGCACCUGGAAGUCCUUAAUCUCAGUGAAAACAAACUAAAAUUUCCCUCCAGUUCACCAUCUCCAACUGGAACAUUUUCUGCACUGAAGGUUUUAGUCCUUAACCGGAUAGGAAUUACAUGGACGGAGGUGCUCCGCUGUGCCUCUGGGUGUCCUGUCCUUGAGAAACUGUACCUUGAGUCCAACAGUAUCGUCAUUUCAGAAAGGCCGACUGAUGUUCUACAGACGGUCAAGUUGUUAGACCUUUCUUCUAAUCAAUUAAUUGAUGAAAACCAGCUGUUUCUAAUAGCAUAUCUGCCCAGAUUAGAACAACUAAUCCUUUCUGACAUUGGACUUUCUUCUAUACAUUUUCCAGACGCUGGAGUUGGGUGCAAAACAUCAAUGUUUCCUUCCCUGCAAUACCUGGUACUAAAUGACAAUCGGAUAUCACAGUGGUCGUUUUUCAACGAGCUGGAUAAGUUACAGAGUCUGCAUACGCUGUCCUGCGCCAGAAACCCCCUGACUGAAAGCAGCAAAGACGCACAGACCACACGGCAGUUCAUCAUCGCCAGGAUCGGUCAGCUGAGGACCCUGAACAAGUGUGCGAUUCAACGAGAGGAAAGGCGUGGGGCUGAGCUUGAUUACCGAAAAGCAUUCGGAAACGAAUGGAAAAAGGCUGGUGGACAUCAAGAUCCAGACAAAAACAGACCAAACGAGGAAUUUCUUGCAGCCCAUCCUAGAUACCAGUCACUCUGCCUCAAAUAUGGUGCACCUGAAGAUGGGGAACUCAAAGUGCAACAACCAUUUUUGCUCAAAAACCAGCUACUAACACUGAAGAUAAAACAUCCUAAUCAACUUGAUCAGAAAGUCAUAGAGAAACGACUGCCAGAAUCCAUGACAAUUCAAAAGGUGAAAGGCUUGCUGUCACGUCUUCUCAAAGUUCCUGUGUCAGAACUUCUGUUGUCCUACGAAAGUCCCAAAAUGCCGGGCAGAGAGAUUGAACUAGAAAAUGAUCAACAGUCAUUACAGUUUUAUUCUGUGGAAAAUGGAGACUGUCUAUUAGUGCGAUGGUAACAGCCAACUAAUAAAAUUCAGAGUUAUACCUAAACUGAGACGACAUUCUUCUACAGAAGCUUACUAGUGCUGACUGAAAUUCAGUUACAUGAGGUAAACAUUAGGCAAUGAAAGGAAGAAAAGCAAGAUGCUUUCAAUGCCAAGGAUUUAGAACUAUCCUUCCCUAUGGCAUUAAAACCCUGAGACGUGUUUGAUUUUACUUAUAUUCACAAAAUUUUAGCACUUUAAAGAAAAUAGGAGUACUAAGCUGUGGUCUUCAGGAUUUAUGUUAAAUGGCAAAAGGAAACUUGGGUGGAAUUAGUCCACUUAAUAAAUGAACUUAAAAACCAAGGUCCAAAACUCAGCGUUACAUUGGUUCCUUUUCAAGUUGCCCACUUCAUUGAGAGAUCCACAAAAUCUGACAUGAUUUCAAGAAACCCCUGACUUUGGUAUCAGUGACCACUGCUCAUACGUGAUCACAGAUCACACAGCAUUUCUGUGAGUUCUUUUUGGCCCUUAAUUAUCCUUACGCUAUCCAGAGCUAUUCUGCAAUCUAGGUUGAAAUUCAAACUUCCACUUACUACUCAAGAUUUCUGAACUAGGCCAAGUUUUAACCAAAAAUGAUUGAUAGGUAAUAAAUUACUAACAGAAAUGAUGCACUAGGACUUGGAAAUAUUUUUUUCUUUUAUAAACAAUUUGGUAUUUUUCAAAUCAUCUUCCAAUAUAUAAGUAAUUUUUUUCUUACACUACAGUAUCUGUUGAUUUUUAAAAAGGAAAUUUUGUGCAAAUGUUAAGAAAUACCACAUUGGUGACCUGUGAAAGUGCCAGCCAAGAACUAUCCUGAAAGACCAUAUAAUCUGCGGCCAAACCUUGGGCUUUCCUCAGACUUCCGCUCAGAUCAUCAUUCACCCACCCUGACCUUUAACACUGCAAACUGACCUCAUCAUCCUCUUGCUUCACACCGACAAGGAUCACCGCACAACUCCUUCAGUUUCCACAGCUGUGUUAGUUCUUGCGGAGAAUACUGAGGGGAAGACAGCAUUCCUGUUUCACAGGUCUUCUCACACAGCCACAGGCUGUCCUGUUGAAAAAUGAAACAAAAGCUGAUUUGGGAGCCCUGACACCCUGCUGGAAGACAGCUGAAAUCGUGCAUACAGGAGCUUCCAGAUCCCAGUGAGGCUGAAGUUAUUUCAAAGACACGUGCAUGUGUGAACCCACUCAGUUUGUGGGGGACAGGAAAAGCACACACCGGUGACCCUGAGGCUGUGGAAUAAAGAAACAGUGCAGUGUGUGCAUUAAGAGUUUGCAAAGGGUGUUCUAUGCAGAGGGUGUGGAAACCACAAAUGCAGAGUUUCGUAUUUGCUACUGGAGAAGAGGUGGCCAAAUAGCAUUAUGAACAACAGCAAGUACUGAGGGAAUGGUUACAAUAUUCGGGGGACAAUACCAAGUGCUUUAUAAAUAUUAUCCAAUUUAAUUCUCACAAUAACCCUGUGAGGUAGGAAUUAUUUCCUUUUUACAAAUGAGAAACUAAGAGUGAAGAAACUUGCUCAAGGUCGCGGUGAAGUUCAUGCUGGUAGGCUGAGUAGGAAGGAUCGAAAUGGAGUCUUGUCAGACUCAGAGUCGGAGUUUUCACCCACCAGCCUACUUCCCAGCUCCGUGGACUGGCUUCUGUUUCCAGCAAAUAUAGCAGAAUAUAGAUCCCAUUCAAUUUGAGAACAUAGAAAGGAGGGAUAUAAUAAAAAAUGUCUUUUUAAAGGAUGGCUGAACUGGUGGCAAAGGAGAGGAAACUGGAGAGUGGAAGGGCCUGGAGUCAGCGUGUGCCUCGUACAGGCCACGCCUGGGGACAGGAGACUGACCAGUCCUUCCUACAGAGCCCUGUGCCCCUGGGGGCCGAGAGCCUCCAGGGGUAGUAAAGGAAACCGAGGAGGCCUGUGUGUCUCCGCCCUGACGCUGGACGGGUGGGACGGAGAGUCCCCCCCGAGCAUCUGGAGCGGCAGCCCGCACUUGGGAGGGCCUGCAGCUGGGGUCUUGGUCUGUGGAGCUGCCCCACUGCCAGAGCCUGGGGUCAGCUGAUUCUUCUACGUUUUAAAGCUGCAAAGAGUUUCUGAUCAAACGUAUAACAACUUAGUUCAUUGUGAGCAGGAGAGCUUCCAUUCAAAACAUUUCCUUUUGGUUUAGACUCAGAAAAAUAUUGUAUGAGAUCGAGGCAGAUUAUUGUGAAUUAGAUCAAGAGCACAGUGAUGAUGCCAGAAGACCUUCCAUUCACUGUUCUGCCCAAGGUUUGAUAGAGAAACCUCGCUGAACUCUUCAGAACCCAGAGGCCAGCCCCGCUCAGGCUUGCUUACCUGGUAUCUUUUAGGUCCUAUGGCUGCCAUCCAAAUGCCCAUGCUUACAUCUUCACCCUGCACAGGCCCCAUAAAGUUUAAAAUGUAAACAUUUAAAUGCUGUUUCAUCUAUAAAGACAAUGCCACACCCA